UGUGUUGGACGCCAGAGUUUGUGUGUGGCUUCAGGUGGUACUGAAUUCGUGAUGUAGGGCGUAAAGUAAACUAUUACAAUAUUCUUCGCUCACGUUCCUUCACACGUUACUGAAACCAAUCGUGGUUAACAACACCGAACAAAAAUAAUUACCCAGAGUAAGUACUAUAUUUUAACUUCUUUAAGUGGAAACUUCUUCAGCCGCGUUGAGCGAUUUUUGGUAGGGGCAAAACUUACGGGUUCGCGUCACCGACAGGCUAGUGACGCGCAGCGGCCUGUGUACAUGUGUACGCAUACACUAAGGUUCGCGUCACCGACAUGCUGUAUUAGCAGCCAUGACGGACGGCGCCUGAGGAGGAGCGCGCGCACGCGGGCGCCAUGACGCAGCUGUCGCGCGGCGAGGUGGAGGAGUGGCUGGACUCGCACCCGGACCUCUUCCGCGACUACCUGCUGCGCAAGGCGGACCUGCCCGCCGUCAACGCGUGGCUGGUCGCGCGCGGCUUCCCCGCCGCCGAGGACCCGGGGGGCGGCGGCGGCGGCUCCAGCGACGGCGCGGCCAGCCCCACGCCGCCCCCGGCCGCGGCGACCCACCGGCGCGCCGGCUCCAAGCGCUGCCUGCGGCACGACUUCGCGCGCUCCAAGAGCCGCAGCGUGUUCCGCACGCACGAGGCGGCGGGCUCCAGCCCCGACGGCGGGUCUUCCAGCCGCCGCUCCUCGCUCAAGGACAUGCGCAAGUACACCUCGCUGCCGCCCAGCUCGGCGGGCAUGCUGUCGCUGCUGAUGGAGUCCAAGGUGCGGCUGCCGCGCUGCGCCGCGCCGCCCAGCGACCGCGCGGCCAAGCGCGAGCUGCUGCGCGCGCAGGGCGAGCGCGACUUCUUCCUGGGCGCCGUGCGAGACGCGGCCACCGAGCUGGACCUGCGCUGCCUGUCGCGCAAGACCGUCGACAACCUGGCCGUGCUGCUGGACGCCGACGGCGCGUCGCUGUUCCUCGUGGAGGGCCCGCGCGGCGGCCGCCGGCGCCUCGUGUCCAAGGUGUUCGACGUGCACAGUGGCGUGAGCAGGUUCCUGCUGCCGGGCGGGUCGGGCGCCGGACCAGGCGACAACGAGGUGCAGCUGCCCUGGGGGGUCGGCGUGCUGGGACACGUGGCCGACACGGGCGAGACCGUCAACCUGCAGGUCGCCUGCGAGGACCCGCGCUUCGACGACGAGGUGGACCGCAUCGUCGGCUACCACACGGACUCCCUGCUGUGCAUGCCGGUGCGCGACGCGUACGGCGAGGUGGUCGCCGUGGCGCAGGUCGUCAACAAGAGCCCCGACGUCGACGGCGGCCACUUCACCCGCCACGACGAGAAGGUGUUCGAGACGUACCUGCAGUUCGUGGGCAUCGCCAUCACGAACGCCCAGAUAGUGGAGGCCUCGAGGCAGGAGUAUGACCGCAACAGGAACCUGCUGGAGGUGGUGCACGACCUGUUCGAGGAGCAGACGUCGCUGGAGCAGGUGAUCCUGAAGAUCAUGCAGCGCGCGCAGAAGCUGCUGGAGUGCGAGCGAGCCGCCGUGCUGCUGCUGGACGAGGCCGGAGCGCAGCCCGCCAAGUUCUCCGAGCUGUUCGAGCUGGCGUCGCCCCCCGGCUCCUCCGGCCCGGCGCGCGCCAGGCAGCCGCUAGAUGGCAGCAGCAUGUCGCGCUACAUGCUGGGGCUGGCGGAGCAGGUGGCAGAGACCGGAGACAGGCUGAACGUAGCGGAGAGCGUGGAGGUUGAAAAGGGUUGCGGCGGCAACUUCAGGUCUCUCCUCGCCAUGCCCAUCCGCAACCGGCACUACCAGAUUAUAGGGGUGGCCACAAUCGUAAACAAGAUCAACGGACUGCCUUUUGACGAGAAUGACGAGCAGUUGUUCGAGGCGUUCAGCAUCUUCUGCGGCCUGGGCAUCCACAACACGCUGAUGUACGGCGAGGUGGAGCGGUCCAUGGCGAAGCAGAAGGUGGCCAUCGAGGUUUUAUCAUACCAUGCAACUGCUUCGAAUAAAGAAGUUGAAUUACUUAUGGAGCGCGCCGUGCCGUCCGCCGACGAGGCCAACCUCUACUCGCUGUCCUUCGACGACUUCUCGCUCGCCGACGACGACAUGGUGCUGGCGGCCGUCAGCAUGUUCCUGGAGCUGGGACUGGUCCAGAGGUUCGCCGUGGACAAGGAGACGCUGUACCGGUUCCUGAUAACAGUGAAGAGGAACUACCGGGACGUGCCGUACCACAACUGGAGGCACGCGUUCAGCGUGGCGCAGGUCAUGUUCGCCAUCCUCAUGACGUGCGAGAUGAAGGAGACGUUCAGCGACCUCGAGGUGCUGGGCAUGUUCGUCGGCUGCCUCUGCCACGACCUGGACCACCGGGGGACCAACAACUCGUUCCAGCAGAAGACCGGCUCGGCGCUGGUGCUGCUCUACGGCACCACGAACACCAUGGAGCACCACCACUUCAACCACGCCGUCAUGAUCCUCAGCAGCGAGAGCCACAACAUAUUCUCCGGGCUCUCCCCGGGCGACUACUCCCUCGUGAUGCAAGUCCUGAAGCACAGCAUCCUGGCCACGGAUCUCUCCACGUACUUCCAGCUGCGGCCGCGCUUCUUCGCGCUGGUGGAGUCGCGCCAGUACGGCUGGGCGCUGGACGAGCACCGCCUGCUGCUGCGCUCCAUGCUCAUGACGGCCGCCGACCUGGCCGCCGCCUGCAAGCCGUGGGCCGUGCAGCGCCGCGUGGCCGCGCUGGUAGCCGCCGAGCUGCUGGUGCAGGGAGACCAGGAGCGCCGCCAGCUGCUCGACCCGCCCUCGCCGCCCGUCGAGCACGAGCUGCCGCCGCUGCAGACCCGCUGGAUCGCCGACAUCUGCCUGCCGCUCUACCAGUCGCUGGGGCAGAUGAACCCCAAGCUGGGCGCGAUGGCGGAAGGCGCCGCCAGCAACAUGGCCAGCUGGGCGCUGCUGGCGGGCGGCGCCGGUCUGGCGAAUGGCCACGAGCAACCCUGAACAGCCAGAACACUCCUCCGGCGGCGGCUGCUCGCCGGGAUCAGGAACACGGUCUGUCUCGUGAAGAACCUUUAUGUUUGCCCCGAGGUGGGGUUUGCUGACACCGUGUGACCACCUCUCAUCCAGGAGGACUUUCCAGGAGAUCAUCAAAAAAAAAUCAACUAUCAAUAUAUUGAUCAAUUCGAUCGAUUCCUGUCCUCUUUUCGAUACUUGGUCCAUGCGAGAAAAAAAAGGUAAUUUUAGGUUAAAAUAUGACCCGAAUUUUACAUUUCGCCAUGAAAGUACGAACAGUAAAUACUACAUAAAAUGCCAUUAUAAUAUCUACUACAUGGACACUUGCAAAAGUUAGAAAUCUAAUAUAUGUACAUUUACUUCUGCAUUUGGCUCGGACUGACUAACUCUCAUCUCCAAUCGGUCUACUUAAGACAGUGACCAGCCAGAUCCUUUCCCGACGCAGUGCAAGAUGAUGCGUGACGUUAAAUAAGUCAGAGGUUGUAGCAAUUGCAGGAAUUGCAAUUAGGGGGUGGUCGUGUCUGCAUGAUUACAUGCUAAUUGCGUGAAGCCGUUUUUUUCUCCCCAUUCAGCUAAAUGUUGUGCCAUAUUGGUCAAUCGCCCAAAACAUUGGCUGAAGUGUAGUGUUUUUCAGUGUGGAAACAGUUUUAAAUUACUUUUUUUUUAUGAGUGACUGUUUCUAACGACGGAGAUUCUAAUUCAAUCUUACUAACCAUCAUCAGACGUUAUGAAACACAAUUUCCGCAAUGUUUUGGGCGGAUAUAAUAUGGCGGUGGCGAGGAUAAAAAGUGACCACCUACGUCACAACAAGCCGUCUCCUGGAAAUUCUUAACUCCAUGCAAAAACUGAACGUUAAUACUUUCAUAAUUACUUAUGAUGGACGUAAGGUUAAACAAAUGAGUUUAAGUAUUAAAGUAAACACAAAUAUACCCACCAAAGUAAAUUAUGAAAGGGACUCCAGAUGGGCUAUUGCCGUUGCCUCUGCUUCCUCAACCUCUUGAUCGAUGGAAAUAUGUUAAACGCUAUUUGUAGCACCCGUACUUGAAUAGUUUGAUGUUCGUUCUCGUUGCAAGACGUUCUGAUGCACUCAGCUCCAUAUUCAGUUACUUUAUGUUGGAUUUUUUUUUCACUUAGCACAAAAAUUUACCGUGGAUUGCGAUUAAACCAAAAUAACACCGAAAUGUGUAAAUACACAGUCAUUGAUCUUAACAGAUUUAUUUUGUUACAUUAGAUUCAAUAUACAAAUUUGGGCCGUUUACUCCUCAAAACUUUGCGAAUAAUCUAUUCUACACACUAUUUAUGUUUCAGUACACACGCAUUAUCCCCAAAAAAUGUAAAAACUACUUUAAAAACAAUUAUUCUAGUUUUUUUUUUUUUUUUGUAAUGUAUGGACAAGACAUUGCUUUAGGCCCUGCCGCGCUGUUAAAUAUUUGUCUCCAAUUAUAUUUCAUAAUAGAGUUGGGAGGACGUAUUGGACGGAAAUAGCUUCCAAUUUUCUCGAUCAAAUAUGUUUGGACAGAUAACCUCAAAUGUGUUUUAAAUCAUGUCGCACUAUCAAAGUUUAUUUUUUGUCUGAGCUAUCUCAAACUUUUCCAUUGUUUUUCUCUAUUUUUAAAUUAAAUAAUGUAUCACAAUACUAGAUAGAUUGUUUAACUUGAUUUUAUGUUUGUAAAUUUCUGAAUUUUUUGAACAUGAAUAAAUUUAAUUCACAAUAAUAUUCGUUACAUAAUAAAUUAAAUUCGAUGAAUUUUUUAAGUUAUAGAAACAUAAUUUUAUUUUUAGGACAUACAUAAUAACAAUAUUAGUUAUUUAACUUUUUUCACCUCUUUAAUCGACCAUGUGCUUUUCCCAAUUUUAAAGAAACGUUGAGACGGAAACCGAUGUAAUUUCCCGUUUUGCUAGGCACGAUUUUGAUUCUCUAAUUGCAUCCAACGUCCAUAGUAUUUUAUAACCCGUCCUUUAUGCAAAAUAUUUUAUGGAAACUCAAGUCGUCCGACUUUUCAAACAAACGUGGUUGCGCUAGUGACGUUUUCUGUGACGUCAUUGCCCUCCAACUUCAUUUGACACAACAUGUUGGAAGGUGUUGGAAGCGAACAUUUGGCAGUGUAUUGGGAGGGCCUUUAGCCGAGAAGGUCAAGUAUUAUGUCAAUGAACCAGAGUAAAUUAGUUUAACAGCACUUUUAUUGGAAACGCAUUUGCAAUAAAACAAGUUAAUACACAACCCACAUAUUCAAAAAUUAUUUAAAAAUCAACAAAUUUUCACCAAUACCAGAAAACUGAAUUUUACAAUAUUAUUACAGGAGUCACAUAUGUAUUGGUAGUAAUUAAGUAUACAAUGUUUGAAUGCUUACUCGCCUCAUUAAGGACGGUUUAAGGCGAUGUAAGAACAACAAAGUCAUUAAUUAAAAAUUUUGAUUUAGGUGGAUACCUAAAAUUGUAUGUCACAAUAAAUAAUUUGAAAAUCUUUAUGUUUAUGUACAUCUGUAUAUAAAGAAUUCUCCUUUUUUUAACGAGUGUGAAAAAAAUGUUUUCAAUAAAGUUUUAACCAUUUUUGUAACAAAAAAUCUAUUGAUUUUCGUAGACGAAUUUCAUUAUUUUUAACGAUCUAUUUUCAUUAAUUUUAACAACUGGAAUCAACAUAGCAAUAUUUUAACCCAAUACAUUUAUUUUACAAACGAUCUUAUAUUGUCAUGUAGAAACAUUUUUUCAGAAAGCAUUUUGCGUGUACUUUCUAGUUCUGUUCCAGAUCUAACACAUAAACACUGUAUUUAAGCAUGAAUUCUGGAAAUUUGUAAUUGGGAUGACCCACUUUCUAAGCACUCUUUUUUCUCCAAUAUCGACACAGUAUCAUAUGAAUGGAGUUUUUAUUCUUCAAAUGCCUAAAUCAUACUUUAUUUUUGGUAGUUUUAUACAUAUGAAUCACGAAACUUUAUUUUUUAUUAUUUUGAGGUAAUGCGUGGUGUAUAUAUACUGACUGCUAUUCAAUGGAAUAUUAAUAAAUAAAACAUUUACUGUGUUGACGUAAAUAAGUCCAGUAUUUUAUGUUCCGAGGGUGUAAAUAAAGUGUUACUUGUUAAUCAUAUCAGUCGAAUAGGCAACUAAAGUUUUUCGACUUCAUGCCAAGUAGACUUAGCUAACAGAGUUUACCAUAAAUCCUUCUGUUGGUGCCAUAAUUACUUAAGAUUUGGUUUUCUUCAACUGGCAAGUGUCGUGCAAUGUAUGAUUGGCAUGUUGUAAACUGAAAUGUUGUGUUUCACAGAACAUAGUGAUCAUGAGACUACUCUCGUGUGUAUGUGACUACUUAUGACCUCAACACCAUGCAUCUUGUUGUAAUGUGCACCAGGCUAUUGAUAGCUGGGAUGCAGCGAUCGUAGCUAUUGAAGUUAUUCUAAAGUGGUGCAAUAUUAUAAUUUUAAGGUCAUGUUAUCUUACAUCCAAAUAUGUACUCAAUUGUAAAUACUUAAUGAGACUGGAUGGAUUUAUAAAAAAAAUAUUUAUUUCGUACAUUAAUUGCGAAGAUAAUUUCUAUGUGCGUUAUAAUUAAAAAUAAAAUAUUUAAAUAAGAAAUGUCACUAAAUACUAAAAGUUUGUCGUCUCUAGAGAAAAAUAGAUGUAUAAGCAUAUCUUGAAAUGUUAUCUGCCAGAAUAAUAAAUCAAUAAUACUGCAGAAAAACUGUCGGAAAUAAUUUUGAAAUAAUUUGUAUUGGACAGUACGGCAGUGAGUUGCAAAAAAAAUAAAGAAAGAUUUGCAAGAACAGGUGCCAUUUUAUGGCUUUUGUACUGUCUCCCGUGACAUAAAUAGGUGAAAUUAGAAGAGAAAUAGUUAAAAUUGUCAGCACUUGUAAAUUCGAAAAAAUGUUAUUUUCUAGUCAUGUACAAUAAAGAUUAUUUUGCACCAGCA